UGCCAGUUGUUGCAAAGGAUAAUGUAGAAACAUCUGUAUCUAGUGGAGCGCAGCCCUGCAGCUGGAAUACUGGAGCGUGUUCAGUUAGGUAUAGACUAAUUUCACAGCCAGUUUAUAGAAUGAAACAUAAAAUAGUUACUUCUUUGGAAUGGAAAUGUUGCCCGGGAUACAGUGGAGAUCAGUGCCAAUUCACAGUUAAAAAAGUCCAACUUCAUCAAAGUCAAGCUGAGAGCAACCAGGCAGUUAAUGCAGUGGAUUCUGCAGACAAGACAGCAACAACAUAUGACUUGGCACUGCAACAAAAGAUGACUGAUCAGAUAUACAGCCAGGAAAUGAAGGUAACUUUACUGCAGAAAAAGGUGGAAAAUAUGUCUUCAAACAUGAUAGAGGUUCACAAGACGAUGCACUCUCUGGAAGAAAAACUCAAUAUGGAUUACAGAGAGCAAGAUAUUCAAACGCUUCUAAAAGAUUUGAAGUCAAAAAGUAUCACUGAAUUAAUCAAGGAUAUCGUUAAAGAGCAAUUGGCAGUGGUUCAAAUGGAUACAAAAGAAACUAUUGCUCAGUUAUUUAAAAGCAUGUCUGGAAUGUCUUUAGAACUUGAGAAAACUAAACAAGAACUCAAACAUCUAAAUGACACAGUUGUAUCUUCUAGUAAAAUUUGUAUUCAAGAACAGGAAAACAGGCCAACAAUGGAUGAUAUAAUGGAGUUGAAGAAUCGGGUAGAACACUUAAAAAAUACUGCUUUUGUUUGCACCACAUCUUUUAAAGAAAUGGAAGAAAAACACAACAGUUUACAAAAAGAGUUGGACAAUGAGAGGUCAAUAAGCAGCACAUAUUUUGAAACACUGAAUAGUACUUUGUCCAAAAUGAAGGAGAUUUAUGGGCAACUGUUAUCCCAGGAACAUUCUGUAGAUCCACAAAUGUCUCAAAUAAACAGCCCUAUGAAUGAAACCACCACAGAAUACUUAUUUUCUAUGCAGGAUAAAAUAAAUAGGCACAAUAUUAUGAUGCUGCAACUGUAUGAUGACAUUGCUGCACAGGACAUCAAGAUCUAUAACAUUACAAUAACUUUAGAUUCCCAGAGACAAUCAGUUAUGCGAGCAUGUGAAGACAAGUUUACAUCUUGCAAAAAGGACUUUCAGAAGCAGCUAAAAGGUACUGAAGAUACAGUGAAUGUCUUAAACAAAACUGUGUCUGAUGUUGUUUUUCCUCUAGACAACAAGAUUGAGAAAAUGAAUGAACAAAUAAAUGAUUUAUGUUACGAUAUGGAAAUACUACAACCGUUGAUAGAAACUGGAGCUCCAUUUAGUAUGACAUCAGAAUUUGAACAUCGUAGUGAUAUUGGAGAACUUAACAGGCAGUUUAAAAACCUUACAGCUGUUGUUCAUGACAUUAAUAUCAGGAUCCAGAAACUUACAGAAGGUCAAGAUGAACUUAGGAAUCAUACUCAAAGUCAUGAGCAGACAUUUGAAAUAAGAAUGAAUGAAUGUCUCAUGGAGGUUGAAGAUGGUCUUAAUACCACAAUGGAUAUAUUAAACAAUGCUGUUGAUUCUAUUCGUGAUAACUAUAUGCUUAAGUCAGAUAUAAGCCCUGUGGAUAACAAUUCUCAGAAUGACAAUAGUACCAUUGAGAAGUUGGAGAAAGUAAUGUCUGUUAUACCAGCAAUCGAUCAGAUUAAUGUAACCUUACAGAGCUUGGUCAAUGACAGUAGAAAUAAACAAUCUUACGUUAUUACUGCAGAUCAUGCUCGCGUUCCAAAUGAUGAUGUUAAUACUAAUUUUAUUUCAUUUCUUGACUUGUCACAAAAAGUAAAAAAAAUAAAAUCACAAUUAGAUGAGAACAAGAUAAACAUCACACAAAUUGGUGAAAAUCUUCAAAGUUCUUUCUUGGAGAUGAAAAGUUGCCAAUCUCGGUUACAAAAUAUAGAAGCGCAAGUGAAUUUAAUUUUGGCAAAUCCUACUACCUUACCAAAGAUAAGGAAGGAAGAUGUCACCUUUAAAGAAAAGGGGCAGCAAGAGCUUAGUUCUAGAAUUAAAGUACUUGAGUUCAAAUCUGUACGGCUAUCAACAAGCUUUCCUCAGUUGAACAAAACAGCCUAUGAGGCAAAAAGCUUAUGUCAAAAUGUAGUGAUUACUAUUAAACAAAUAAACAACAGUGUGCCUCUGUUAAUUAAAUCAUCUCAACCAAAUAUUACAAGUCUACAGAAUGGCUUUGAAGAAUUAAUAAAGUCUUUAAUUGAAGUGAAAAUGGAAACCAUGUUAUCAAAUAUCACUUCAUAUGUAGAUAAAACUAUGUCAGACAUAACAAGCAAUAUUUCUAAGCUUCAAAAGCAAAUGAAAAUAUCUUUGAAGAAACCAGUGCCACCCAAAAAGACAAUUGUUAAUGACACAACGUCUCUGGUUGGUCGUAGCCAAAGAAACACAGAUAUCACUGAUCAAGAUGAAUAUUCCAGUUGCAGCAAUUCUCCCUGUAACAAUGGUGGAACGUGCAUCAAUGAGAGAAAAACCUUUGUAUGUGCGUGCCGACAUCCAUUUGCAGGCGCUAACUGCAGUGUCAAGCUAUCUGAUGAAAGCUCUCAAAGUUUUGAUUUCUCGAAAGGAUCUUACCGCUAUGCACCACUCGUGGCUUUUUAUGUUUCCCACACCUACGGGAUGACAGCUCCUGGACCCAUCAAGUUUAAUAAUUUAUACGUAAACUAUGGAUCUUCAUACACUCCUAGGACUGGAAAGUUUAAUGUGCCCUAUCUCGGGGUGUAUGUUUUUAAGUAUACCAUAGAGUCAUACAGUCCACGGGUCUCUGGAUACUUAGUGGUCGAUGGUGUAGAUAAGAUCGCUUUCCAGUCUGAAAAUAUUAACAGCAAUAUGUACAGUGACAGAGUAAUCACAGGUGACGCUUUACUGGAGCUGAACUAUGGUCAAGAAGUGUGGCUCAGGUUAGCAACAGGGUCAAUUCCAGCACAGUAUCCACCUGUCACUACAUUUAGUGGUUACAUAUUGUACCGCACAUGAGAAUCCAUUACAUUUAUCAUUCUUCACAAUCAUCUUCAAAUUAAAGGUAUUUAUAUGUAUUGCAUUUCUUUGCAUUGGGUUAGUGUUAUACUGGCAUUUUGCAGAAUAUACUGAUUCUGCCAUAUAAAAUGAUAUAGCUAUUAUUUUAUAGCUUUCAUGAUUGAAAACAGGAAAAUAGUAAACCAUCUAAUGAGAUACAGAAGAACUAGAGCUUUUUUUAGUAACUUGACUAC